AAAAACAGGGCUUAAAUAAAGCAGGGCUUACUGGCUUUUUAAGAAAUGUGUCACUUCUUCCAUUGUGUUACAGUUACCAUGCUACCGAGAGACUGCUCGGACCACCUGCUCAGGGGAAAAACGAAAAGCGGGCUUUACCUGGUGACCCCUGACCUCCGCACUAGUAGCUUCUCGGUGUACUGCGAGAUGGAGCAGGAGGGUGGAGGGUGGACCGUCCUGCAGCGCCGCCAGGACGGCAGCGUGAACUUCAACCGCACCUGGGCAGAAUACCAAUCCGGCUUCGGGGAGCUUGACAGAGGGGAGUUUUGGCUGGGCAACAACAUCAUCCACUUGCUGACCCGCGACAGGGAGAUGGUGCUGCGGGUGGAGCUGGAGGAUUUUGACGGGUUGACGGGGUAUGCGCAGUACGAGCAGUUCAAAGUGGCCAGCGAACGCCUGCGCUAUAGACUGACAGUAGGCAGUUACUCGGGCACCGCAGGUAAUGCUCUCCGCUUCAGCAAAAAGUACGAUCACAGCAACAGGGCGUUCACCACGCCGGACAGGGACCACGACCGCUACCCCUCCGGGAACUGCGGGGCCUACUACAGCUCCGGCUGGUGGUUUGACGCCUGCAUGAGCGCAAACCUCAACGGGAGAUAUUACGACGGGAGGUACAAAGGUGUGCGGAAUGGGAUUUUCUGGGGGACAUGGCACAACAUAUUAUCAGAGUACUACCCCACCAAUGAGAGACAGUCUUUUAAGAGAGUGAGGAUGAUGAUCAGACCUAAGGACUUUGUGCCAUAAGAUGUGCUGGGGAAAGAAAACAAGGGUUUAAAUACCAUCGUCAACAAUAAGCCCGCAGGAUACUCCAUAAAAGUUUAAUGAAAUCUAGUGUACGCUCCACACUAUUUAACCAGUAAGACAAUACUGCCGCCCUGUGGUGUUUUCUAUAAUGUGUUGUUUACAAUAACAGGAUGUAUAUACUAGUGACAAAAGCAGGGUUGCCUAGUUUCUUUUAUAACCUUUCCAUAAUAAAGUGAUAACAUUGCUUUUGUCGAGAGGGGGAUUUGAAAAUGAAGGAAAUCUUCAUGUGAAGAGUUAUUUUUCUACCAGUGAUAUGAAUCCAAGGUGACCAGGUGCCCCACUUCACGUGGGAAUGCAUGGCAUGUUUAUCCUUUUGCCCCCCUCCACUCCAACCAAGGCCCCGCAUUUUAAGAAACAUGUGGCUCAGACAGAGAUGUGGCGAUCCGUGGAUCGCAAGUGUCAAACAGAAAUGACAAGUAGGAGUAUUAGGACUGUAGAAUAAGGAAAUAUAGGAGUGCACAAAGACUAGAAAGCUCGUUACAUACGCAUCGGUUUCAAAUAAACUGUCAUUCCUAUCACACCGAUGCCAACCCUGACACCAGCAUAGUUUUUGUGUAAUUAUUUCUAUUUAUUUCUUCAUUAACAAAACAAACGGUUUGCCCCACAUGUAGUAUGUUGGGAUCUGGUCACCGUGACGGGUAUGUAGCAUAAGAGACUUUUAUUACAUGUACUGGAAGGGCAGUUCAUAGAUUGAAGCUGUCCGUGGUGUGUUGAAUGCUUUUGUUUUGUUAAAAUGAAUAA